AGCCUUCAGGCGUCAAGCCCAGGGUGUGUAUCUUACUGGGACACUGUGCAGAUCUCGCCUCUUGUUUCCUGAGCGGUCGGGUGUAUUGCUCUACUCUCCGCACCCCCAGGGGCCCCCGACCGGUCUGAACUGGAGAUAUCGUUCUGUGGCGCCCUCCCGCGCCGGAUCUCCUUCUCCCUGGGGCGGGACGAUUUCCAGAGGCUCCGGUCACUAUGAGUGAAUCAUCCUUUAACUUAAUAUCUGAGAAAUGUGACAUCUUAUCGAUUCUUUGUGACCAUCCAGAAAAUAGGAUUUACCAGAGGAAAAUUCAGGAACUCAGCAAAAGAUUUUCUGCUCUGCGAAAAACAAAAGGGGAUGGGAAUUGCUUUUACCGAGCCUUGGGUUAUUCCUACCUAGAGUCCCUUAUUGGGAACAGCAGAGAAAUUCUCAGGUUUAAGGAGCGUGUGCUACAGACGCCAAAAGACCUUUUAGCUGCUGGCUUUGAAGAACACAAAUUCAGAAACUUCUUUAAUGCUUUUUACACCUUGGUUGAAAUGGUGGAGAAGGAUGGCUCCGUUUCCAACUUGCUGAAGGUUUUCAAUGACCAGAGCUUUUCGGAUCGGAUCGUCCAGUUCCUGAGGCUUCUCACCUCUGCGUUCAUCAAGAACCGGGCAGAUUUCUUCAGGCAUUUCAUUGACGAGGAGAUGGAUGUCAAAGACUUCUGUGCUCAAGAAGUGGAACCUAUGGCCACGGAGUGCGACCACGUUCAGAUCACGGCUCUGUCUCAGGCACUGAACAUACCCCUCCAAGUCGAGUACGUGGAUGAAAUGGACACGGCGCUGAACCACCAUGUAUUUUCCGAGGCUGCCUGCCCUUCAGUUUAUCUACUUUAUAAAACCUCACACUACAACAUACUUUAUGCAGCCGAUAAAGUGGGUUAAUUUUAGGCCCUGCAGUGUAGAGUGUCAAACGACAGGACUACAUUCUAAUAGAGCAUUCUGGGUUUUUUUUUUUUUUUAAUGAUUUAGAUGUUUCAUUAGCUAGAAGGAAAUGUACAGCCUUUGGGGGCACAUCACUUACAAGGUGGUCCCCAGGUUCUGUGUUGGAUGACACCAGUUAGCCAGCAGAAAGGCUGCUUUUUACCUCAUCUAGAUCACCUGUCAUUGACUUCUGGUAACUUUAUAGUGUUUGUUUGGCUACGGACCAAAUGUUUUCCACCUCCGACUGGGUAAAUGGUGUGAGAAAAGAGCCCUUGACCAGCAAUCAGGAGACCUGGGUUGGAAUCCUGGCUCUGCCACUCACUUGAUGCCCAGCUUUUAACAAGUCAUUGGCUCUCUGGAGCUCAGUAUCUGCAUCUGUAAAAUGGGGCAGGGUGGGUGAGUAAGCAGAUGUUGAAGAUCUCCUUUUUCCACUUCUUAAUAUUAUGUGGACUACAGCUGUUCACCAAAGGUAAUCCUUCAAGAGAAGAGGCAGGGAAAAUUGUUUCUACAUACAAUGUUUUGAUUGCUAGAGCCCCCGUCGGAGCCAAACCAGAGUAGGAUCAUUAGAUUUAAUGUUGAAAGGGCCACCUAUCUUAAAUCAUAUACUCUGGGAUCUGGGAGUUCUUAUUCAGGGGCUCAUGGAUAGAUUUCAGGGGGUGGGGGUUGCAAAUUUGAAUGAGAAAAAAUAUCAUGUUUAUUUUCACUAACCUCUCACUGAAAUUUAGCAUUUCCUUCAAUCCAUCCUUCAUUACUGUUAUUCUGAGAAUAGGUCUGUGUGCUCCACCAGACUGCCAAAACCAUUCAUUAUACAAAAAAGGCUUAGAAUCUUACAGAUGGGAAAAUUGAGGCCCAGAAAAGUCAGAUGACUUGCCCAGGGUAAAAAGGGCAGAGCUAGAAUAUAAACCCAGCCAAAUCUCCUAAUGCCAAAGCCAGAGCUCUUCCCACUGAUUGGUUAGCGGUCUGACAUUACCUUUUAUUCAGGCUGAAUGGCCAGUUCAAUCAGGAGGAGCCCCUGAGCACGCAUUCACCAUAGUGUAUAUAAACAGAAGAAACUGGGCUUGUGGUGGAGUCUCCCCAGCUAGGCUUCCUUACCUCUUCAACAGUGAGCCCGUUCUGAUUUGAAAAUCAGCUUAGGAGUACAAUGAAGAGCUGUGCUCUCACUGGGCCCAAAGAUACCCAGACUUUCAGGGGCAGUUGAGUCAAGAGCCACCCCCUUCCUCCCCCACUGCUACAGCCUCAUCCACUGAGAACUAAUUUGGUUUGUUUCUAAAUUCCACUCAUUAGCAUAGAACUGUAGAUCCUAUGGUGGUCCUUAGAGCCCCAGCACAUCCAUCACUGUCUUUUUAUAUAUGAGGAAACUAAGAAGUUAAGUGAAGUUUGCCACAUUUGUCACAGCUAGUGUCUGAGGCAGGAUUUGAACUCACGUCUUCCUAACUCUCAGUCCAAUGCCCUACAUACUUCACUAAAAUAGUGUAAUUUCCAGGAGGUCUUCUAUCUAAGUAACAACCAGGACCAAGCCUGAGAUUCUGAGAAAAGAUGAAAUCAGGCAUAUUUUUCGUCUGGCUCUGUGUGUUCCUGACCAGCUACCCUGAGCCCCCUCACCAUUUCUGGCUUAGGAAACUGAAGCAAACCAAUGAAAAAUGGUGAGGAGGCUGCUAGGUGGCACAGUUGGGUAGAGUGCUGGGCCUGAAGUCAAGACGACCCGAGUUCAGAUCCAGCCUCAGACACUUAACUAGCUGUGUGACCUUGGGCAAGUCACUUAACCUCUGCCUUCCUCGGUUUCCUCGGCUAUAAAAUGGGGAUCAUAAUGGCACCUACCUCCCAGGAUUGUACAAAUGAGAGACUGUCUGUCUGUAAAGUGCCUGGCAUAGAGUAGAUGCUACAUAAAAUGCCAGUUAAAAAAAAAGGAACAGCAUAGGAUAGACCAAAUUUCAACACUAAAGCUCCCUGAGAAGAGAGGCUAGUGAUUACAUGGGUCUCCUUUUUCCUGUAAACUGCAGAUGGCCCUUAGGAAAACACUGAUUUGGGUUCACAACCUUCAAGGCCAGUAGUAGUAAGAAUACUAAAUGUGGAGUCAGAGGCACUGAGUUCAAAUUCUGCCCUUUUUAUAUCCUUGGGCAAAUCUCUUCACUUCUGGGCCCAUUUCCUCAUUUGUGAAAUGAAAGGGUUACACACUAGAAUCUCACAGGGUUGUUUUUGUUUCUUUUGGGGUUUUUUUGUUUGUUUUUUAACUCUACAUCCUAUGAAAUCAUUGGUAAUUAUCAAAUUUUCUUCCUGUCACUUUUUAUACAAUCAAGAAGAAAACUAGGCUGGGGGGGGGGUGGGGGGGUCAUAAGACAGGGGAGAUUGGGGAGCAAAGUGAGAAUGAACUGAGUGCAAACACCAGCCCUUCUGAUAGGCAGGGCUCACAGUUCUGCAUUCUUCUGAAGGGAAAGAGGGAGACCUCAGAUAACAUCAAAGGACAAUUCUACACCAGUUCUUAAAUUUACAGGCCUUCCUCUCUCAGGUUCCAAUUCUGAAGGGAUUUUUGGGAUCUGUUGGUGCUACUGUUGAUGUCACUGCUUAACAAACCAAGUUUACUGUUUACAAGUGCAGUGCCAAGGUUUGAACACUUGUUUGAAAACAACGUUCUACUUUCAUUAAAGACAUUAGGCUUCUUAAGUAAAUGCAAACAUGUUUGAAUUUCACAUGGGGAGCUCAGGUUCAGUCAACACUUGCAAAAUCGUGGCGUGGCAACUUAAAUGAUCGUUCUGCACAGCGGACAGGACUCUGAUCCAUGAAUUGUAUAUUAACUGCUGUACCCCGUUUUCUGGACACCAGUGCUUUGAUCUGUAUGUUAAAAUGUCGUGGUAGUGAGAGAAAAUGUCCUUUGAUGGAUACACAGUGCCUAGCACAUAGUAGGGUGCUUAAUAAAUGUUUAUUGACUAUCAGCUAGUAUUGAUGGGAUUUUCCAAUAUUAUUUUUCACUGCCCAUUCCAGACUAGCCUUGUACUCAACCACCUCAGUUAGUGGGAGAGAACAUCCUUGAUGGAUGCACAGUGCCUAGCACAUAGUAGGGAGCUUAAUGUUUAAUGACUAUCAACUAUUAUUAAUGGGAUCUUCCGACAUGAUUUUUCUCUGCCCAUUCCACAGACUAGCAUUGUAUUCAGCCUCCUCGGCCAAAGGGAGCCAAAUGAUCUGGUUCAUCAAAAUAAAUAAUUUGCUGAAAUAUUU